AGGUUUACCGGACUGCAGUUCCUGUGAUUUUGGGCAUUCAUCAGCGGUAUUUUUCGACAAAUUAUCCAGUCAUAGGCACAAAUUACUUAAAUGCGAAACACUUUGAUCAUAACUCCGUAGAAAAGUGUCGGUCACAAUUUUGAACAUUUCUAAAAAUAAAAUUUUAUAAAAAAAAACUUCAAAGAACAUUAGAUUCCCUAAGCCAUAAUAUGUUUCUUAUUUAAAUACUCAGCAUAAAUAAAAAGGCAUUGUCAUUCUAACUAAGUCGCUUUGAAAAAUCGAUCUGUCAUUGUUUAAAUGUACGUGCACUUCACAAAAAAAUGGCAAAUUGUAGACGAGACAAGACAUUAUAAAAGAAAACGUGCAAAAUUUUGAGUUCAUUCUCGGUCAUUUGAUGGAUUUUGUAUUGAAUCUGUCUUGAGAGCAAUAUUCAUUGAAAAGAAAGUGCCAAUAUGGUUAUGGAAGUGGCCUACAGUCAUUAACUGUCAAAUCAACGCAAACCUCCAAGUGGAGAACAUGCUAGAUUUCAAGUCUAAAUCCAAAAAAUCUGAAAUCUUAGAAUUUCUUUUCUUUUUGCGAAUAUGCUGGGUAUAAAAAGCAGAACGCAAAUCGCAAAAAUAACAAUGAAGGCUUUUACCAUUUGGGCAGUUUUGUGCUUAAUCGUUGGAUCUUUGGCCACGCCCAUUGACUUGAAUGAGGAACAAAAGGCCAAGGCUAAGGAAAUUUUUGAUGAAUGUGCUAAACAAGAAAAUAUCUCGGAAGAGGAGGCUGCUAAAUUGCAUACCAAAGACUAUACCAAUCCCACCAAAAAUCUUAAAUGUUUCGCCACUUGUUUCUUCGAAAAGGUAGGCACACUGAAAGAUGAGAUAGUCCAAGAGGAUGUUGUCCUUGAAAAAUUGGGUGCCCUUAUCGGAGAAGAGAAGACCAAGAAAGCUUUGGAUAAAUGUCGUGGCAUCAAGGGUGAGGAUCGUUGCGAUACCGGUUUUCAAAUUUAUCAAUGCUUUGAAGCUGCCAAAGCGGAAAUGACAGCAACAGAGAAAUUGCAAUAA